AUGAUGAGCGACCCCGAACAGCUCCGACGCCAGGGGCAAUCACUCGUGGAAAUCUUGAACCAUUCUCUGGAAGCCCCAUCAACCAGUGCUGGGAAUGCAAGAACGGCUGUUGUCGGCAAGGCAUUGGAUAUUCUGAGUGCAAUCCACGCUGCCUUUGUCACGCCGAUAGAGCAUGAAGAACCGUCACGGCAACCUCAACUUGAGGUCGAGAAUGCAGACCUCGAAGAUGCCAAACGUCGUCGGAUGCUUCAUGCGUUGCUGGACCUGAUCUCUCUAGAAGGCAUCUACCCGUCGCUUUCAUCUGGGGUUGGAAUUCCUUUGCAACAGAGAGUGAUUUCGGUGUUGCCAGCUGGAGUUAUUGCAAAGCAGACUUUGGUGCCUGCUAGUAGUACACCACAUGAUGAGGUUCUUCUAGAUCGCAUCAUGAGGGUGCUUCUCAGCAUCACAUUGGAUGUUAGACCUAGCAUCCAGUCUAUCAUACGAGGUCGCAUUUUGAGCGACAUCAUCAGUGGCGCAGCAGAUCUUGCGUUCAAUCCAAAUUUUGUUCCUGCUGAUGACAGGAUAAACUAUAAAGAAGGAUUCAGCAAGAUUAUUGAUGACACUGCAAGCUCGGUUCUACUGCCCACACUCUCUGCAUUCCUUCAGGCAGACAUUUCAGUAUGGUUUAAAACAACUGUGUCAGGCCAGAUGGCUCGUAUACCGCUCCGCCCUGGCGGUGUGCUGCAAACUAUCAUGUUCAUCGCGUCGCAAAUCGCCCCAUCCCUCGGUCGGGAAGCUCAAAGCGAGCCAUCGAACGGUCCUCAUUUUACUGUGCAGGCCAUUAUGCAGAUUUCGAAGUUGCUUUCGUCAGUCCCACAGGACAUUGAGCCUUCAUCAUACUUCAACGCCAUCGCUCCACAACUGCUGGAACUACUUGAUGGAGAUGACCCGGAGCUGAGGAAAACUGCAUCUUAUGCCAUUGGAAAUGGCAUUCUGGGAAAACGCGCCUACGGCGCACCGGGAACUAUUGGACACUCGAUAUUUAUCGAGCCAAGCUUCGCGGCGCUGACUGGAGAGCUUGAUAGCGUUUCAAAGCGCUGGUUAUCACACCCUUCCGAGGGUGGAGGAUUCAUCCACCUCAAACCUGGAAGGGGGUCGCCGUUAGAUAUCGUCGUUAAUGGAGAUACAGUGGAACUGGCGCUAAACAGGCUCAGAAGCCUGGCGCUGCAGCAUCCCAAUCCUGGACUUGUGAAAAGGAUCGUGUACCCCAUCCUUCUUCCGCUCUGGGGCUUGGCUUGCUACUCCCAAGAACAGCAGCUGGAAGCCUUUCACGAAAACAUAAUGGCUCUUUUGCAGACAUACUUCAGCAUAUCUGUCGGCAUCCAACCGUUAAAAAAACUUGUCGACAAUCUGCUCUGGGAUGGGGGAUCGACUUGGACAUACACCACAGAUACGCACGGGCGAGCUGCAUUGACAAGGCGGACAGCACAAGAGGGGAAUCAGUCUAAUGUUAUUAAACUGAUUGAUUCUCUGCAAAGCCGAGUCGACCUUUUCGUCAGCUUGUUAGGCUCCGACCCUAGUACCGAGGAGCGAACCGGUGAUAUCUUUCUCUAUGUGAGUGAGUCCUGGCUCGUACAAUCCCAUGACUCUGUGAAGACUGGCACCUCGGCCAAGUCACCAAGUAUUGGUGACUCCGAGAACAUUAUACAGAAGCUCGUUAGCGCGAAGGUGGCCGAGAAGCUGCUUGACAAUUUCAAGGACAUCUUGUCACGGCGUCCGUUACGAGUCCUGGAACUCAUUAAGCACGUCAUUGAUGGUGAGCUGCAUGCGCUUAACAGGAAAGCAUCAACAAAAGGAAGUCACAUGCCCGGCAAAGUUUCAUUAUCAACCCUUGCCAAUAUUGUGCCCGAGGACACCCAAAAUCAGGGCGACGCACCUGAUCAAGAUACCUCCGAGUCGCUAUCAACUGCAUUCAGCUUAUUGUCUACGGUUCUUGCAUCUCCAGAAUUCUCCAUAUCCCACGAGACGAAGCCGCUUCUCGAAUUCAUCAAAGAUCGUCUCGAUCAGCUCAUCCCAUUCCUCCCAAGCGCACUAUCAAAACCCGCAACCACAUCAUCUAUGCUGCUCGAGAUUCAACUAACAUCCCCGGAGCACGACGAUACCAAGCCAACUCCUCCCCACAUCACGGACCUCGAAACACACCGUCAAGCGUUGGUGAAUCUGAACUCAGAGAUGCCACCAAUCCAAGCGGAGGGAUUCUCCCUCCUAUCAAAGCUAAUUCUGAACUCGUCCCCCGUGCUCGACAUCCCCUCAACCUUGACCCUACUCCUAUCAAUCAUCACCGAUGUUUCCGAGUCGACCGCGAACGACGAGUUCAUCUAUCUCAAUGCAAUCAAACUCAUCGGCACUCUUGCCUCACGCCAUCCACGCACAGUUGUCAAGACGCUUGUUGACAGCUAUGCUGACAAGAGCGAACAACGAACCCUCGACCAGCGUCUCAAGAUUGGUGAAUCACUACUACGCACUGUUCAAGACCUGGGCGAGGCACUGGCCGGUGAAACAGCCAAGGUAUUCGGCGAAAAUAUCAUUGCCGUCGCCGGACGCCGCGGCCGCAAACCACAGACCCAGAAGACCCGCCAACAAAACCAAGAAAAAGAAAGAAGACGCAAACAGCGUGAAGAGCGGAAGCAGAAGGAAUCCGCCAUGUCACACCCCGGCCCACCUGCACCAAAACUUGAGGACCUCCACGACUCCGACUCCGAGUUCGAAACGCCAGAACAAAACGUCCACGCAGCAAAUAUCAUCGCCGCCUGGGCCACCGGCGCAUCCACUGACGCAGAGCCGGAUGACCUUCGCGUCCGCGCCUCGGCCCUUUCCAUCCUCGCAUCGGCAGUACAAACCAAUAUCAUCGGUCUCGGUCCUACUAUCAUCGCGUCAGCCGUGGACCUAGCCCUCGCCACACUUACCCUGGAACCGGCCCGAGAAAGCGCAAUCCUGCGGCGCGCCAGUGUAGUUCUCAUACUUGACAUUCUGAAGGCACUUGACACGGCGCGGGAAGCGCGGAACGGGCGGGACAUUGGGUUUGGAUUCUCUCUCACCGAGGACGGGGCCAUGGCUGGUCUUCGGGAUGCUUAUGUGCGGAGUCCAUCGACGGUGGGCAAUAUACCGUCUAUGUUACGCACGCUUGGCUUCGUCGAGAGCGUGGAGACGGAUGGGAUUGUGCGGGGACAUUUGCGGGCACUGAUUGAGAGUUUGGAGGCUUGGCUGGAGAAGUCUCUGAUGUGGGGGAUUGGGGCCCAGGGGGAGCAUGAGCCAAGACUGGAGCUUGGGGAUCGGAUUGCUGGGCUCAGUGUUGAUCCUUUGGCUGCAAGUGGUUCGGCAAGGGGCCGGAUUGAGGAGAUUGAGUAG